AUGCCCGAGAGGGAGCUGUGGCCAGCAGGGCCGGGCUCGGAACCCGUGACCCGAAUCGGCAGCUGUGACAGCAUGACGAGCACCACCUCCACCCACUCGGGAUUUAGUGACAGCAACUACGACUUCCUGUCUGCUGAAGAGAAAGAGUGUCUGCUCUUCCUGGAGGAGACCAUUGGCUCAUUGGACACUGAGGCUGACAGCGGACUGUCCACUGAUGAGUCUGAGCCGACCACAACUCCCCAAGCUUCUUGGGCACAGCCCACAACCCAGCCUGUUCCCCAGGGUAAUCCAGAGGAGACAACCAUUCAGCAAGCACCAGAGCCAAGGAGAGAGACUCUGUCCAACUCAUCCCAAACCUCAGAUCCCCAAGGCCUGGGCUUCAGGUCUGGCUACCACAGCCUCCCCAGAAAUAUCCAUAGUGGCAGAAACCUGAAGUCCAGGAAGAGUACUGCCCAGGCCAACAGCCACCUCCCUGGAGGAUCUAAGGAGCUUGAACCAGAGCCUGAGAGCAAGGGGGCCAGCCAGAGCAGUGAGCACAACCUGACACCCAUCAGCCCCCAGGAAGCCACUCUUGACUUGGAGGUAGUGCUCAUUCCCCCACCAGAGCCCUUCCGGGACACCCGACCGGAGCUGUGUGGGGAAAACAGCUUGCCCAAGGGGCCAGGGCAACCGAGCAGCACACCCCAACUCCGUAUGUCCUCCAGUCCCCAAAAGAAAGUGGAGGCUUCUUCAGAAGUCAUGUCCCAAAAAGCCAAUGAGAAAGGCUCAGAAGGUGGUCCAGGACAGCCCCAGCCUCCUCCUGCCUUGUCAUCUCCAAAUACUAGAGCUGAAGAUGCUCCCCUCCCAUCUGGGAGGGAUCCAAAUGCCCAUCUGGGCCACACAGCCCCUAAGUCCCGGAAGCUGCCACCUAAUAUUGUUCUGAAGAGCAGCCGAAGCAGUUUCCACAGUGGUCCCCAGAACUGGCUGUCCCGCCAUUCUGAGGUGACCCCGAGAGAGUCUGGCCUGGUCUCCUCUUCACUGCAGGAGCAGAGGAAAGCACGCAGAGAAGCAUUGGAGAAGCUGGGGCUACCCCAGGACCAAGAUGAUUCCAACCUCCACUUAAAUAAGCCUACCAGCUCUCUCAGACUCAAGGACCCUCCUGCUCGGGCCACAGCCCUAGCUCCAGCUCCAGCUCUGGCUCAGCCUACAGUUCCAUCUCAGGUCUCAGCACCUGUUCCUGCUUCAGGAAAGCCUCCGGCUCUGGCUCAGGCCCCUGCUCUAGCUCAGGGGUCCUCUCCAGGGAAAGUUUCGAAUCCUGCUCAGGAACCCUCUCCAGGGAAGGAUUCAGCUGCCAAAUCCAUGCCAAUUCCCAUCCCUAAGGCCACUAAGGCAAAUAGUCCCCUGACUCUGCCAAAGCCUGACUUAGGGUUGACCCUCCAGGAGAGCAACAUCCCUGGACUGAGACAGAUGAAUUUCAAGUCCAAAACUCUGGAGCGUUCAGGCAUUGGGCUGAGCAGCUACCUUUCAGCCAAGAAAGACCUCAGCCCCAAAACCAGCUCAUCUCUGGAAAAGGGUUCUGUCUUGGACAAGAUCUCGCCCAGCGUCUUGCGUAAUUCCCGGCCCCGCCCUGCCUCCUUGGGCACAGGGAAGGAUUUUGCAGGUAUCCCAGUGGGCAAGCUGGCUGACCUGGAACAGGAGCAGAACUCCAAGGGCCUCUCCUUCUCCGGACAGAGCCGUGACAAGCUGCCUCGACCUCCCUGUGUAAGUGUCAAGAUCUCCCCAAAGGGCAUCCCUGAUGAACACAGAAGAGAGGCUCUGAAGAAGCUGGGACUGUUGAAGGAGUAG